AUGCUCCACGAACUCCUCUCCCUCCUCGCCCUCACCUCAACAGCAACCUCCCUCACCAUCCGCCAAACCACCGGCCCCUCAGGCGGCUCAUCCCCCUACGCAACCUCCACCAACAUAACCUACUACCAAGGCGUCACGGCCUCCACCGGCUCCAUCCACCAAUCCAGCUACACCGCCGACGCCAACGACUGCGGGCAGUACGUCUUCGCCGGCACGAUCCAAGCCGGCGUAUGCACGAAGUUCACGACUCAAGGCGUGGGGAUCUGGGGCAGUGAGAAUGGGAGUUGUUCGUUGACGUUGUAUCGCGGGAGUGAUAGUUGUGGGGAGGAUGCGGAGAAGGAGGUUGUCGCCGUGGGGAAUGGGGAUGAUGAGGUUACGUGUGUUGCUACGGGGGUUAUGGAUGGGGGGUUGCAUUAUCAUGGGAGUGGGGUUUGGGUUUGUGGUUAA